UAGAGUCAGCGAGAGAGACACAAGACCUAGUCUGAGAGCAAGACUGAGAAAAGGAGGCAUUCAAAUAUAAAAGUUGCUCAGGAUCAAACCAUAAGCCAUUUUCAUUAUUGAUUUUUCAUUUUGCGAGUUUCUUUCACUCUUUGACCAUGAGGCACAAGCAUCUGCUGAGUCUGGUUCUUCUGUUAGCACUGACAGAGAACAUCCUGAUGCAAACAUCCUGCGUACGUGGAUAUGUAAAGCGCAGUGGAAAGUGUGUAGAGGACGAUGAGUGUGUGCCUCAACCAUCCAUUUGUGGAAAAAAUGCAAGAUGCAUCAACACUGUUGGCAGCUACUACUGUCAAUGUCAUGAAGGAUUCACAACUCAUUCAACUCGUAAUUUCACACAAGCGGAUUCAAUUUCAUGCAAAGACAUCAAUGAAUGUGUGGUUGGCAGCGCUGAUUGUGGUCCUAAUACAAAAUGUGUCAAUUCUGAAGGAGGUUAUAAUUGCACAUGUAAAGCUGACUACAUUUCCAGCAAUGGAGAAGAAAUAUUUAAUGCAGGACAAGGAGUUCAGUGUAUUGACAGAAAUGAAUGCAAUGAUCCCAGUUUUUGUGGAAAACACGCAUCAUGUCAUAACACUGCUGGAGGUUUCUACUGCAUCUGUGAUGCUGGAUUCAGACUAAAGUCAGGAGAAACUAACUUCACUGAUACAAGUGAACUCUGCGAGAGUGUAUGUGACAUUGAUAAAUCUAUAUGUGGAGGAGGAGUCUGCAAAAACAGCAAAGACGGUCAUGAAUGUUUGUGCAGCUUAGGAUUCACCAACUAUGGUCACAAACAAAUGAAAUGCACAGAGCUAAAGUGCAACAGAUUAUUUAGUGAGAGCAAAGCAUCCCAGGCAUCUACAGAGUUCGCAAAACUUGUCUCUUUGAUGACCAACAGCUGUCUGAUACUGAAUCAGAGUGAUUCUGUCAGCAUGAAGCAUUUUACACAAGGGGACGGAGAAAGAUUUUUGCAGGAUGUAUACGAGCUGCGUCUGGUCACACUGGUGGGACUGCCGCUGUCUCUGAUCUGCCUCCUCAUCUGCAUUGUCACGUUUUACUUUGUGCGAUCCAUCCAGAGCACACGCAACACCAUCCACCUGCACCUCUGCAUCAGUCUCUUCAUCGCCUACUUUGUGUUCGUCGUGGGCAUCACCCUCACAGAGAAUAAGGUGAACUGCGGCUUCACACAGGGUUGGUUUGUCUGGGUCUGA